AUGGGAUAUAAGAUAUAUUCUAACUCUGACUUAGUUCAAACAGUAACAUGGGCAAACUAUGAAUGGUUCGCUUUAAGAAACUCAGUACAACCACAAGCUAGAGAACAAACAGACCAGUAUGCAACUAUUGAGAAAAUAAGAAGACUUGACCCUAACGUUCCAGGAGUUUAUGUUAACCUUUCUGGUUCAGAUGGAACUGCUGCCACUAAAGUAAAACUGAAACUUAGAGUUCCUUUGUCAUCUUUCCUCAUCUUCAGGUUUUUAAGAUACUUGCCAAACUGGGCAGGAAAAAUUUCUAUCGAACUUACUCCAAGCAAAAAUAACUUAGUCAUUGCACCAACACAAGACCCAUUCACUCUUACAGACGUAAAGGGAACAAAUAAAACGUCAUUCGCCGAAUUUUGCAAAGACAAAGUUGACUUAGACUUUGGUUUCUCAAACCUCAACACUGAAGUAAACUAUUAUUUCAAUGCUGCUGGAGAUGCUUGGGACCCAGUUAAGUUCACAUGCGAAAAAUUUGAAUGCAAGAGAAUAGAAAGCAGACUUGCAGUCUAUAUGUUGGACCCAGAUAUUUCAAAUGCUUUAGCUGCCAAAUAUAUUGCAGUUCCACUUAUGUUCCCUAUACACCAAAUAUCUGUCAAAGACUUUGCAGGUGAAGUUGGAAACCAAAGUGCUGACCCAGGUGCAAGAACAGAUAUUGCCUUAACAACUGCAAUGAAACAUGCAGAUACUAUGUUUGUUCUUUUCAGACGAACUAUAAAUGACUAUUCUUGUUUCUACAACCCUGGUAUUAAAUAUCAUAUAAACAUAGAUGGCAAAUAUUAUCCAAGAGAAGAAUAUUCUACAGUUGA